GCCAUAUUUUGGCGUUCACCCAUGGAAAAUGGAAGAUGUACCCGAAAGUGUUAUAGAUAUGGUUUAACCUGCUAAACAUGCUCACUAGGAGCAACAAUCUGGGUCAAUUCAAGGCGUAUUUUGCGUGUGUAAUACGGCAUGGAGCUUUACCAAGCCAGAGAUAAUUUUAUCAUCCAAGAUCGAUACUACAGCCUCUGGUGUAACAGGCUGGAUGGUGGAGUAGUUCCGCGUCAAGGUGUUCCUCCGAGUGAAGCCUUUGACCCGGUUUGCAAAGGACUCAUCUAUGGCGUUAUUGGCAAAAUACAAUUUUUCCCCGGAGCCGAGUGGAAACUACUAGUCAUCACAAAGAGAACAUCAUUAGGACUGUUGCCUGGCAACCAUAAGGCCUAUAGAAUUGACAGGAUUGCAGUUCUUCCACUUGCUCCUGGAGAAGUUCCUGACCUUGAACUUGAUUUAUGUGAGAAACACAAAGGGGGUUCAAAGAAAUCAUUAGGGGGUGGUGAUGGACAACAGAAGGGUUUACAACAAACAUGGAAGUCUAUCAAGUCUGCAGCAAACAACAUUAAAGACAAUGUUAAGAGCACUAAUACACCAAGAGAUGUCAAAGACAAAGAGAAAGAAAAGCUAGAAAGAAGAUUAUUAGAGGAGACAUAUAAGAUGUUUAACGAUGCCGACUCAUUCAUAUACUCUCCCACUGGUGACAUAACAAACACACUACAGAAACAACAUGGUGAUUACUACGACAGUAGUUUACCCUUGUGGAAACGAGCUGAUCAGAGAUUUUUCUGGAACAGAUACAUGAUACAGGACUUGAUAAAUAAUGAAGACCCACUGUGUGCCCAUUGGAUACUUCCAAUUAUUCAAGGCUACUGCCAGAUAGUUCACUGUGUAAACAAUUUUGAGGAGGAAGAACCAGACGAACUGGUUGAGAUCCAGAGAGGAGAUCUGCCAGCAGAAAAGUUUGAUAUUCUGCUCAUAUCCCGACGAAGCAUCCACAGAGCUGGUACUCGCUAUAAAAGAAGAGGGGUAGAUGAAGAUGGAGAGGUAGCUAAUUUUGUGGAAACAGAACAGAUCAUAAAAACAGAUGAUCAUUCUGUAUCAUUUGUACAAGUGCGUGGUUCUGUACCCAUUUACUGGAGUCAACCUGGCUUUAAAUACAGACCUCCACCACGUCUUGAUAAAGAUAAAGAGGAGACUCUGAUGGCAUUUAUGAGUCAUUUUGCAUCCCAGUUGAAACACUAUGGUGGAGUGGUGAUCAUCAACCUGAUUGAUCAGACAGGUCGUGAAAAGAUUAUUGGAGAUGCAUUUAUGGAAAAUAUCCUUCUCUUUAACAAUCCUCUCCUGACGUACGUCACUUUUGAUUUCCAUGAACACUGUCGUGGCAUGAAGUUUGAAAAUGUUUCAGUAUUAGUGGAGGGUAUUAUGGAUGAACUGAAAGACAUGAGAUAUUGUUGGACGGACUCCAAGGGGAUUAUCUGUGAACAGCGUAGUGUGUUUCGCAUCAACUGCAUGGACUGUUUGGACAGGACGAAUGUUGUGCAAGCUGCUUUAGCUCGUCAAGUCAUGGAAGUCCAGCUUCGUAAGCUUGGGAAGCUACUACCAGAUCAAUCCUUACCUGCUGAUGUUCGCUCAUCAUUUCAAGAAAUGUGGGCUAAUAAUGGAGAUGCCAUAAGUAGACAGUACGCUGGGACAGCAGCUUUGAAGGGGGAUUUUACCAGAACAGGAGAAAGAAGAUUUACUGGUUUUAUGAAGGAUGGAUAUAACUCAGCAAACAGAUACUACCUCAAUAGGUUCAAGGCUGUUUAUAGACAAACUGUAAUCG